AAAUAUUUCUUGAAAAGAUAAAAAUAUCUCCGGCAAUCUUCACAGUAUCAUUCAUAGUUUGUAUGAUAUUUUUGGAAAUUAUCCAAAAUUCCCGUGAAACUAUACCAAAAAUCGUCAAUCACUUUUAAAAAUGUCGUCUCCACCUUCUAGAAAUACCGUUUCCUUAUGCGAAAGGUUUGGUAUUAGACCUUUAAAUUGCCGAAAUAUUUUAUAUUAUUAUUUACCCGCCCAGGGGGUAGUAAGUUACACUGCACUUUCAAUAAAUGUAAUGAACCCAUCGUUGGUUUUCAGAAUAUUUUCCAAAAGAGAUGUUACUAAUAUACUAUUGGGACAAACGCUGUUAGGUUCUGGUCUAUAUUUAUAUAACCGACCACAUUUAAAAGCUUUACCCACAAAAGAGAAAAUUCUAUACAGCUCAUUUGGUGCUGUCACUUUCUCUUUAGGAUCCGUUUUGGUGUGGGCUAUCUUCAGAAGUGUUGUCCCCCAAAAUGUAGCUUUAGGAACAGUAUGCGGUAUUGGAUCCGGUAUUGCACUGAUUAAAAUUGCAAGAAGUUAUGUAGAACAUGUAGACUCUCUUGUAGCAGAAAAAGCUUAAGUGAUUUUGUUUCUUUUUUAUACAUUAGUGAUUAUGAGCAUCUAAUAAUAUAUGUAACUUAUGUGAAUCUAGAUUUUACUUAAUAAUAAAUGUUUUUUAACAUU